AUGGGAAAAGUUCAUCCUCAAGCCCUAGGUUCUUCUACUUCUUGCAAUUUCACUUCCAAGCAAGAAACUUUCACCCUAUGGAUGAAAUCUCUUGUGUUGAAUGGAAAAGGAUGUACAGUCUUUGAUUCCAAUGGUCAAAUUGCAUAUAGGGUUGAUAACUAUAACUCCAAUAAUAGAGAUCAAGUUCAUCUCAUGGAUCAAAGAGGAAACACUUUGUUUACUAUACUUAAAAAGCAAUAUAAGUUGUCGAGAUUUUGGGAGGGUUACAAACUUCCGGCGACAAGGAACGACCAAAAAGGACCAUGUUUUCGAGUUGGUAAAACGUAUAGUAUCAUCAGAUGGGAUUCAAACUAUGAAGUUGAACUUGGAUUAGACAAAAACCAACCAUAUAACUAUAAAAUUGAAAGUAGCUCUUGUAAGCCAGCUUGCAAAAUAUUUGAUAAGCUUGGAGUGAUAGUUGCUGAGCUAAGGAGAAAGAAGUCAACUUGUGGAAUUGAUUUAGGAGAUGAUGUUUUCACAAUGGUGGUGGAGCCAAAUAUUGAUCUUUCUCAAAUUAUGGGAGUUGUUGUAGCUUAUAGUCUUAUUAAAAGUAAAAUGUAA